AUGGGACAAAUACUUGGACGCAAGUGGAACAUCUUCUGGGGUUGCAAUAUUGUCUUGAUUGGCGCAGCUAUACAGGCAUCUUCUUAUUCCGUGGCUCAGCUCAUAGUUGGGAGAAUCGUUGCAGGUCUCGGGGUUGGCAUCAUCUCUACCAUGGUUCCGAUGUGGAUUGCGGAAUGUAGUCACGUCAAUCGACGAGGUGUCGCUAUCGUCCUCAACUGUUCACUUGUUAUCGUGGGUAUUGUCAUCGCCAGUUUCUCGAACUACGGCCUUGUCUUCUCGUGGCCGAGUCAUGAAGGACAGGACAUAGUAUGGAGAACAGCCCUUGCUCUCCAAAUGAUCUUUCCUCUGUUUGUCUACGUCAUGUUGCCGUUCUGCCCAGAAAGUCCAAGAUGGCUUGCGGCUAAGGGUGCCUCCGUGUCAACUGUUGCUUCCGUUCUAUCGUUGUUAGAUGGCAAAGAUGUUCCAGAGACAGCCCCGCAUAUCGUUACGAAGGCUGAAGAAAUCGUUGCAGUUGCACAGCAUGAGGCCGAGCUCGGUACAUCGUGGGCGCAGGUUUUCGGUGGUGGAGAGUUGCAAAACGGUCGACGCUUAUUCCUAAGUGGUUUUGUUGUCGGACUUCUACAACAGGUUACUGGGGUCAAUGCCAUUGUCUACUAUGCUCCCGUGGUGUUCCAAGAUGCCGGAUUGAAUCCCAAGAACUCCUUUAUUCUUGGAGGUGCUGGCAGCGUCGCCAUGCUUAUCGGGACUGCACUACCUGCUUUGUGGGUCGAGAAAGCCGGACGCCGCAAGACACUUUUGAUCAGUGCAGCUCUCGAAGCUUUCACCAUGGCCGGCAUUGCGGCAAGUAUUGGCUGGGGUAUCAAUCACCCUGAAGAUCGUACUUCAGCAGGAUGGGCGGCAACCGCAUUCAUUCUAGCCUUCGAAUUCUGUUUUGGUCUUGGUGUGUAUGCCCCGGAAGUCAACUCUUUGCGAUCCCGUCACAGAGGCAACGCUGUCCAGACAAUGGGUCUUUGGGGUGGAGGCUUUCUCAUCGUCAUGGUCUCUCCACCAGGUGUCGCAAACCUCUCCUGGAAAUACUACCUAAUUUGGGUGGUUAUAACUUUAGUCUGGAUUCCGAUGGUCUGGGCUUUCUGUCCAGAAACAGCCGGCCGAAGCUUGGAAGAAAUGGACUACUUCUUCAAGAAGUACCAGAACAAAUGGUAUAUCCGGGACGUUGCUCACGAACGUAUGUCACAAGAAGAUGUUAUGUCAGUUCAUGAGGAAACAAAAGGCAUUGAAGAACAGAUCGAGGUGUCGGAGAAGCAUGCUACCGCCCUGUUGUAG